UCCCGCCCCGCGUUACGGGCACUGGCGGGAGGGCCACGGUCGUUGCCGAGGACCCCCGCCUCGGGCUGCCGCAUGGGACUGCGGGGCUGCUCAGGAGGUGCGAAGGUUCGCGGUGCGGGAGUGGAAGGCUUCAGGGGAGCCCUGACCUAGGACUGCUCCAUGGCCCUGGGUGAAGAAAAAGCAGAGCUGGAAGUAUCUGCAGAUGCCAAGGCCCAGUCCUGUGGGAGAUGGAGCCAUGGGGAGCAAACUGUGGAUGUGCCGGGGCCCAUGAACCAGGAGCAGCCCUUGUGCCUAGAGGCUGAGGGAGGGCCAGCCUCUCCUGUGUGGGGGGCAGAGGGACUGCCUGCCCCUGCUGGCACCUGCAGAGCUUACCUGCCACAGGCCAAUGCUGCCAGCAGAGCCUUGGUAGCUGAUAGGUCUAGGCCUGUCCCCAGUGGCCUGCUUCCUCCUGCCAGCCUGGGAACCGGAGACCUCUUGCACUCUGUGGAAAGCCAGAUGGAGGAGACCAAGCCUUCUGCCUCCCGGGAGCUACCUCAGAAUGUUGACAUCCCCAGAACUACAGCUCUUUGCUCAGGACAUGACACUGAUACUGAAGAUGACCCUUCCCCAGUUGAUUCCCCCUGGGUGCUCAGCCAACAGCCUCGAAUCUCGCAUUUCCCUUUCCCAUCACGGUGGAAAUCCGUGGUAAGCCCAGGGGCUGCUGCCCCUCAGCUGUCUAGCUACAGCGACUCUGCCUCUUCCUCAGGCAGCAGUCUCCAGAGUCAGCAGGAAAAUGUGGAAACUCAUGGUCUUGCCAAGACCCACUCCUCCCCAGAGCUGGCUGCCCCUCAGAAUUCCCCUUCUCUAGCGGGGUCAGGGCCUCAGCUUCAGUGGUCAUCACAGUCUGCGGCUUCUGGGUGUGAUGCUACUGGCUUGGGCCGGAGGCGCCUCUCCUUCCAGGCUGAGUACUGGGCCUGUGUGCUUCCGGAUUCUUUGCCUCCUUCCCCUGAUCGCCACUCCCCGCUCUGGAACCCAAAUAAAGAAUACGAAGACCUGUUGAACUAUACUUACCCACUGAGGCCUGGGCCUCAGCUCCCAAAGCAACUUGAUAGCCAUGUGCCGGCUGACCCUGUCCUGCAGGACUCAGGUGUAGACUUGGAUAGCUUCUCGGUCUCUCCAGCAAGUACUCUCAAAUCACCCCCUAAUGUCUCCCCCAGUUGCCCACCAGCACAGGCCCCUACCUUGCCAUUUUCUGGGCCCAGAGAGCCAAGCCUUAAGCAGUGUCCCUCUGGAGUGCCCCAGAAGCAGGGCAGAGUGAGCCUAGCAUCUUGCAGCCCGCUUGCAUCUACCCCUAGAGUCCCAGGAAGUAGAGCUGCCUCUUGGGAAAGCAGAGAGACAGCCCUGAGCGGUGUAAAGGACAGGCUUCCUGGGGGUAAACACCUUGAGUUGGGCUCUCCCCAGCUGAGGACAAGAGACAGAAGGUGGCCGUCACCCAGGCCAGAGAGGGAGAAGAAGACCAGCCAGAGUGUCCACUGCCCUAACUGCAUGGAGUCUGGAUGGAAACCAGAAGAAGAGAUGGAGAGUGAUGAUGAGUAUCUUGCCCUGCCCACUCAGCUGACGCAGGUUUCCAGUUUGGUUUCCUAUCUAAGUGCCAUUUCCACCUUGGUGACUCUGCCCACUGGAGUUGCUGAGGGGCAGAGCUCCCUGGAAGUAUCAGAUACUGAUGGGCCAGCUUCCUUCCCAUCGGACUCCAGCCAGAGUCAACUUCCUUCUGGGACUGUCCUCCAAGGACCUGGAGGUCCCAAGGGCCAGAAUCACUGCUGCCUGCAUAACUUUGUUCAGGCCCGAGACUCUGCAGGGGAAGGCAGUCUGGUGAGCAGCCAGGUGCUUGGGGUCUCCUCUAGACUGCUGAAAACACACCCCUCCUUGCCAGCAAUGCUGGACAGGUGGCCAUACUCAGACCCAGAUGCUGAAAGGAAGGAUCCCAGAAAAGAGCAGGAGAAAGCCUCGCUGGUGCAGUGUGUGCAGACGUUUUGCUGUCAGCUGGAAGAGCUGAUCCACUGGCUGUAUAAUGUCACAGAUGUCACUGACCUUGGGUCUCCAUCCAGGUCCAGUCUUACGGGUCUCAAGUCUUCUCUGCAGCUUUACCGGCAAUUUAAGAAAGAUAUAGAUGAACAUCAGUCUCUGACAGACAGUGUCUUACAGAAGGGGGAGAUUCUUCUUCAGUGCCUAUUGGAUAAUACCCCAGUUUUAAAGGAUGUCCUUGGGAGGAUCGCAAAGCAGUCUGACGAGCUGGAGAGCCAUGCAGAUCGCCUUUACGACUCUAUCUUAGCCUCUCUGGACAUGCUGGCUGGCUGCACCCUUCUCCCUGACAGUAAGCCAGUGGCAGCAAAGGACCGUCCAUGUGAAGGGGUUUAAUCUGGCAUCUUCUCAGGCAGAGAUGAAACUUUCAGACAAAAGUUGACCCUUGGGAAUGAAACUGUCAAGAAGUACUUCCAAGAGCCAUUUAACAGUUAAGUCAAGGGGAAAGCAUAACUCUAAUGUAUUUUUAGCUUUAAAUGCCUUUCUCUUCUCUGAAGUAAGGGCUACUAAAUUACUGUUUUUAUUUACAAAGAACCCUUCCAAACUAAAGUUUUCUUUUUGGUGCUUCUCUAAAGAAAGCAUGUGACUUUGAAACGUCUGUUAAAGUAAGAUUUACAGGUCUUGCCUCCCUGUAUCCUGUUUAAAAAAAAAAAAAAAGAAAAGAAACGAAACAGCAAAGCUCCUAAACUCUUCUGCCU